CUUUCAGUCAAUUAAUACAAGUAUGUAUGCUGACUGCAGACAACAUUCCUACUAAGAUACUUUUAUACAUUGUAUAUUUAUUGAUACUUUUACAUGUACAUGUACCUAUAGAUGCCUAUAAGAGAGCUCUCAAGGAGCAAAGAAGUGCUGAUGUAGCAUAUGCUCGUCUUAUGUUACUGGGAUCAGCUGGUACUGGCAAGACGUCUCUCAAGCGUUCAUUAAUGGAAGAACCUUUCAAACGUCGUACUACAAGCACCAUUGUAUCUGAUGUUUCCUCCGUACGACCAUUUGGACACGAGUGGCAAACAAAGAGAGAAAACAAAUGGAGAGGAGCCACAGAAGAAGAUGAAAUUAAAGAAAUUGUUUCUUUGCUUAAAUUCAUUAAGUUUAGAUCAUAUACUUCUGUACAGAGUGCAAAAUAUUCUCAUAAUAAAUCAGAUGCAUUAGUUUCUACUGGUUCAAUAGCUUCUGAUUUUAAUGUAGAGAUUCGUAUCAAAUCAAUAUUUGAAAGAGCUAGUUCCACUGAUCAGAAAAAAGAAUUACUUGUUCAACCAUUUCUUCAUAUAUGGGAUUGUGGUGGUCAGCCAGUGUUCCUUGAGAUUCUCCCAGCCUUCCUCACUCCUCGUACAAUGUUUCUCCUCCUGUUUGAUGCUUCAAAGGAUUUCAGGAAAAGGUGGCAGUCACGUCAGAAUACUCCUGAUGGUAAAGUGCUGUUUGGUGAAGUAGUGAAUGAAAGCACGAGUGAUCUAAUGGCCAAAUGGAUGUCUACAAUACACAGUCACCUCAUGAAGCACAACAAAGAUGAUACUUCUUCUCCUAGUCUCUAUUGUAUUGGCACUCGUGGUGACAAGCUAAAGGCACAAUGGAAGAAAGAACAAGUAAAGAAGCAAAUCCAGUCCCUGUAUGAGGAGAAAGAGUUCUCAAAUCUUAUUGAAGAUGUGCUAAUCAUUGAUAAUACCACCUCAGGCAAAGGAGACAAAGAAGAUCCCAGCAUUACAGAAUUACGCCAAGCUAUUGAUGGUUUUAUUAAUAAGUUAGUCUUUCCAACACCUGUCAAUUGGGUCCUUUUUCGCAGAAUACUUCAAGAGCUAGAGCAUAAUGUCAUCAGUUUAUCUGAUGCUAUUGCCAUUGGAGUGGCAUGUCAUAUACCAGUAGCUGAUGUUCCUGAAGUAUUGAAAUUCUACCACGAGCUGGGAGCUGUGCUUUACUAUCCUCAAAUAGAAGGUCUGAAGGAUAAAGUCAUUCUCAGUCCCAAAUGGUUUGUUGAUACCAUUGGGAAGGUGUUCCCACUAGAGAAAGGAUGGAGUGGAACAUAUAGAUUGUCUUUGUUACGAAAUAAAGGUAUUCUUGUUCAACCACUCUAUCAAGAAGUAUGGCAGUCAAGUGGCAUUGAUCCAGAAGAAAUAAUUGAACUUUUAGUUCAUUUUCGUCUUGCAGCUCCAGUUCAAACUGAGGUUUGUGAUAGCACAUCCAAGCAAUAUUUUCUUCCAGCAGUGCUACCAGGAUACACAGGUGACCCUAAUGAAGUACGACCUGGUUAUAAGCUAAGAGCCUCACCUGUACACAUUACAUUCUCUACUGGGUAUGUACCUCCUGGCUUCUUCACUCGUUUAGCAACCACUGUUGCUACUGAUGCCAAUGUUAAGCUCAAUUUUGAUAAUAUUUAUGAAGCACCUGCCACUGCUGGCUUCUUUGGUCGAUUAGCUAUCACCAUGAAGUUACGCUCUAAGGUUGGAAUAAAACGUAUCUAUCGUAAUCGUGUUUGCUUCUCUUAUGGUCAUCCUUCUGAUGAUUUUGUUCUCACUGAUAUUAAUGAAGCUAUUCAAGUUGAUGUGUUGAGAUAUGUCCCUGAGAGUAGGCAUCCUCUUUCUUUCAAAAUAGUUUGUCAGCAAAUAUCGAAGUUACUAAAUGAUAGUUGUCAAAAAGUAGAAGAAACUCUGAUUCUUUACCAUGGUCACCACCAUACUGAUCAAUCAUCAAGAAGACUAUAUGAGCCUACACUGAAAGCAAUUGAAGAAGAAAGUAGAGGAAAGUUAAAGAAGUGUCUAAUGGAGUGUCUAUCUUCCUGGCUAAAGGGAGAGGAUGGAGUAAGAGAGACAAGAGGAGGUGGAUCAAACUGGAUAUCAUUAGUAGCAGCACUAGAGGCAAUGGGAGAGAGGGAGGUUGCUGAUAUCAUUAGAAAAAAAUAUCUGGAGCCCCUUAAUGAGCAUCCAUAUUAA